AUGAUGCACACACGCAUGCUCUCCAAAGAAGACGAGGCCUCGCCCGGCAGCGAAGAAAAUGAAGUCCGCCGCGAGGACCAGGAGAAGAUCAACCGGUUCAGCCGCCUGCAUCAACGCGAGACCGUGCUCGAGGACCAGCUGAAGGCCAAGCAGAAAGACAAGGAGGAUCUCGAGGAGAUCUCGAUGGAGUUGGAGCUUGCGGAUGAGGAGGAGUUAGUGCCAUACAAAAUCGGGGAUGCGUUCUUCCAGCUACCGCUGGCGGAUGCGCAGUCGCUGCUGACGACGUCGAGCGAGCAGAUCGAUGAGCAGGUGUCCAAGCUGGAAGAGACGCUGGGAGAUGUGCGGGACGAGUUGCAGCAGCUCAAAGUCGCGUUGUAUGCGCGCUUUGGACGGAGUAUUAAUCUAGAGACCUAG